UUGAGAGGAGAAAUGGCACAGAGACUAAAUCUGUUGGAUUCAGAGAAAUUCUCUUGUUCAAUCUGUUUGGAGCUACUGCAAAUUCCAGUGACUAUUCCCUGUGGACACAGCUACUGCUUGAACUGCAUUAAAAUCCACUUUGAUGAUGAGGACAGGAAGCAAAUCCACACCUGCCCUCAGUGCAGGAAGACUUUCACACCAAGGCCUAUCCUGGAGAAAAACAUCUUGUUAGCAGAGCUGGUGGAAGACAUGAAGAAAACCGGACCCCAGGCUAUUCUGGCUGAUCACUGCUAUGCUGGACCUGAAGACGUGUCCUGUGAUGUCUGUACUGGAAUGAAGCUGAAAGCCAGCAAAACCUGUCUGGUCUGUUUAGUUUCUUACUGCAGGAAACACCUACAACCUCACCGUGAUGUUGCCCAACUAAGUAAGCACACACUUGCUGGGCCAUUCAAGAAGCUCCAAGAGAACAUCUGUUUUCGCCAUAAUGAGGUGAUGAAGAUUUUUUGUCGUACUGAUCAGCAGACUGUCUGCUAUCUCUGCUUGCUGGAUGAACAUAAAGGCCAUGAAACGGUCCCAGCUGCAACAGAAAGGACAGAGAAACAGAAAGAGCUCGAGGUGAGACGACUAAAAAUCCAGCAGAGUAUCCAGAACAGAGAGAAAGAUGUCAAGCUGCUUCAGCAACAGGUGGAGGCCAUCAUUAGCUCUGCUGAUAAAACAGUGGUGGACAGUGAGAAGAUGUUCACUGAACUGAUUAGUCUCAUUCAGAAUAGAAGCUCUGAUGUGAAGCAGCAGAUCAGAUCCAAGCAGGAAACUGAAGUGAAUCGAGUCAAAGAGGUUCUGGAAAAACUGGAGAAAGAGAUCGCUGAGCUAAAGAGGAAAGAUGCAGAACUGGAGCAGCUCUUACACACUGAGGAUCACAACCAGUUUCUACACACCUACCCCUCACUGUCAACACUCACUGACUCUACACCCUCAUCCAGUAUAAGCAUCUGUCCUCAGAGGUACUUUGAGGAUGUGACAGCAGCUCUUUCAGAGGCCAAAGAUAAACUACAGGAAUUUCUGAGAGAGAAAUGGACAAAUUCCUCACUAAAAGUCACUGAAAAGGAUGCUCUGCUCUCACCACCAGAGCCAAAGACCAGGGCUGGAUUCUUAAAAUACUCCAGUGAAAUCACACUGGAUCCAAACACUGCAUUUCCACAUGUGUUAUUAUCUGAGGGCAAUAGAAAAGCAACAAGGGUGAAACAAAAACAGGCUUAUUUUCAUCAUCCAGAUAGAUUCAGUGGAUGGGAGCAGGUCCUGAGUAGAGAGAGUCUGACUGGGCGUUGCUACUGGGAGGUGGAAUGGAGAGGGGGAGGAGUCGGUGUAGCAGUUGCAUAUAAGAAUAUCAGAAGAAUAGGGAAGUCAUAUGAAUGUUUAUUUGGCUUCAAUGACAAAUCAUGGGCAUUAUGUUGUGACACAAACAGUUAUGUAUUUUGGCACAACAAUGUACAAACUAAGCUCUCAGGUCCUCGGUCCUUCAGAGUAGGGGUCUACCUGGAUCACAGUGCAGGCAUUAUGUCAUUCUACAGCAUCUCUGAAACCAUGACCCUCCUCCACAGAGUCCAGACCACAUUCACUCAGCCUCUCUCGGUUGGACUUUGGCUUUGGGUAGAUGGAGUCACUGCAGAGUUGAUUCAAAUCAAAUAG